AUGUCCACCAGACGAACGCCUUUGUCUAGCAACCCCAAUGUGGUCAAUUCACCCUUGAGAGCCGCUUCUGCUCUGGCCCACGCCAAGCAGAAGCGCUCUCAUGCCAACAUCCAACGGGAGGAGCUCUACGCCCAGCCACCCCCGUUCAAGAAGCAGGUUGUCGAAAAUGUCGGCUCGCGUCAGCUUCGAUCGCCCUCAAAGGUCACAAAGGCAUCCCAGCUUCCCCAGCGAGUCGGCCGCCCUAUAACAAAGGAACGAUCAACACACCACGAUGACUCUAGUAAUGUCGAGAGGAUCCGCCAAUGGCAGGCCGAGUACCGCGGGAGGUUUCCCAAGAUGGUCUUUUACUUUGAUAGUGUCCCGGAAGACCAGAGGGCCAAGCUUGCCCGUCAAGCUCAGUCUCUUGGAGCCAGAGACGAACGAUUCUUCUCAAGUAGCAUCACCCACAUUGUGACCGCUCGACCGAUACCUGCGCAGGAGGACGUGCAAGCUGCUGCACACGAUGCCGAACUCGAGGAACAGCCUCAGACCAUCAACCCCUCCCUUCUCGACAGGUCUACCGACGCACGAAGACGUCUCCUGCUAGAGACUACCUCGAGGCGAGCUCAAGCCCAGGCUCACGAAGACAGAACCAGGAGAACGAGAUCAACCCAGAGCAACGAUGUGCUUCACAAGGCUCGAGACAUGGGAAAGAAGAUUUGGUCGGUGGAAAAGUUCCAGAGGAUAUUGCAAUUUCUGCUGGAGCCUGACCCGCAUGUCGUCGCGGCAUAUGGCGCCAACCGCGAUUCUGCGAGAAACGUGGGAACUAAGAAGGCUACGGAGGAGCCUGGUCUACUGCAGCUGCUGCAGCAUGAGCGGCUGAACGGUCCCUCGGAUGCGGUCACUAGCCGGGAAAUGAUCAACUUCAAGGGGCCAUAUAUCUACAUCUACGACAUCGACGAGAAGCAGAAGCCUAUCAUGGUGCGGGAGUAUCCCAAGGUCAAUAACAAGUACCACGGCGAAUGGCCGCAGUUCAGGACUGUUACCGAAGGCCGAUGCCCCUUUGUCGAAGAGCCCGGACCCGUUGAACGGCCUAGUCGGAAGCCGUCAACGCAGCAGAAGGAUCCAAAGGAACACAAGGAGCGUGCUGCCAAGCCUGCGGUUGAAGAUAGCCCGUCUCUCCAGCCUCCUGAAGUCCCUGCGCCAAAGGCAGCCGUUGGAAAGCGCUCGCUUUCUGAGAUGCAAGAGGGACAGAACAAGUUGCGGGCUGCCAUGAAGCCCAUGGAUGUGUUCAACCCUCCCAAGGCUGUGGUAUCAAACCCGAUUGAUUUCGGGCGGACUCAACAUGCUUUCACAGGACGGACCGGCGACGGACGCUUCUUGGCCGGCGAGCCCGUCGCCUCUGGAUUGCAGCCAUCCAACGUGACUUCGGCUAUCCGGUCGAACAUGAUCUCGUCUACCUCUGGCAUCAACGGAGCCAAGGCUGGUACGAGCAAGGAGGUGCAUGGUCUGCAACGCAAGGUGUUGCAACGGGGCGCCCCCGUUCCCCAAGAUGCCAGCUCACGGCGGCUCACGGAGAUGUCUCUGGAAGCGACGUCUACUAGAUCUACUAGUGUUUCUCGAACCACCAGCAGGCGUAUGGAGCUCAUUGAAGAGGACGCUGAGAAGCCGAGUUCCAAGCUCUCAAGAACCAGCUCCAAGACACAGGCUCCGCCUGCUAAGAGCAAGCGCGACCUGAAGCCGGGCUACUGUGAGAAUUGCCAGGACAAAUUUAAGGAUUUUGACGAGCACAUUCUCACACGCAAACAUCGCAAGUUUGCUGAAAACACUGACAACUGGGCCGAGCUGGACGACCUUCUCAGCCAACUGGGCCGGGCUCCCAGAUACCGAUCUAAACACUCACGCGACGACGAAUACACGGACGACUCCUUGUAG